AGAAUUCAUGUUCUUCUUUGAGUUAGUAGAGCAAUUUAAUUGUAGCUUUAAUAAUUGUAAGUUGUUUUUCUUAGAAACUGCUUAAAAUAUGAAAACAAUUGCCAAUGUGCUUAUAUGAAAUCCAUUUAUCUUCCCAAUAGGUCUGCCCUGGGUUACACAGACCUGAAGAAAACCAUGAAAAAAGCUGUCACCUUACUGAUUAAAUAAAUGGUGCAACUGGCAACCAAAAAAGAAUGAUGACGUAAUUUGUUUAAGAUUAUGGAGAGGAACAUAUACACAACAGUGCUGAAUUCCAAUGUGGAUUUUGUUGUGAUAUUCUGAUAGCUGGUUUUGUGAUUGUUUAUGUGUGAAAUCAGAAUGCCCACGAGACUGUCAAAAAAAAGGACAUUUGGAAUGCCUUGGACGAAUGCCUCGAUCAAUCGUAAUAUAGCAAGUGGUUGUGCAGGACUUGUGAACUACGGUAUAUGGUUUGAGCUUUGCUUCCGGUAAACAGUGAACUUUUGUCCAUAUCCGUCUGUGUGCUUUGUGUCAAUCAAACUGCAAUACAUGUUUAUCUGCAGCAACAAAUCGUCACUGAUCGGCUGAGUACUUUUAAUCAAGUUUCAUCAUGAUUUGUUAAUCAUAUUUGUGUUUAUUGUAUUUAUAAAAUGUGUUAAAUUUAAAGAUUAUUAAUUGUAACUGGUGUCUUUUAUAAACAUGUUGAAAUUCCAGUUUCAGAUCUUCUUUAAUAUUGUGUAAUCACAAACUGUCCAACUGGCCAGAAAGAACCAUCACCAUUACAAUUCAAUUCUUGCAAUACAAAUCAAGUUACUAGUGCUCGAAGAAAGUUAAAACAAAAAUGCCCAGCAGUUAGAACCAUAAAGAAUCCACCCUCAUCAUCAUAUUGAGCAAUGCAAAAGUGCAACAGUUACUUGUUAUUAUACUUCAUGUUAAAUACAGAAAUCUAAUUGGUUUAGACACAGUUUAUAAUCUGUUUUUUUUUUUUACCCUUAGCGUUAGCUUGGCAACGGGUAACACAACAAAAUGUUACAUGUGCGUAAAUUAAGUUUGUACAGUUUGCCGUAGAAUUCACAUCAUUCCUAUAUAUAUAAAAUCAGUAAAUUUUUCUUUACAAUAAGGAAAUCCAGUAUAAUAAAAUAAAUAAGGAGAGUUUUAUGACAAAUUUUGCAUGGGUGAAUAUGCUGCAACUGAUGUACUGAGUGAUGACACUAUUGGGUGUAAUAGGUUAAAGAGACAGUACAGCGCAUCUUAUAAAAAAAACCGACUUGAAAAAUUUUUCCAAUCGGGUUCGAUAUUUUUGUACUACUCAUGAAUGUAUAAACUUUCAAAUAAUUACUAAGUUCUCCAUGAAAUAAAUAUGUGAUAGGUUAUACGUAAUUAUUAAUUUUAAUGAAAUAAUUAGAUUUAUUUCAUUAAAAUUAAUGAUUACAUAUAACCCAUCACAUAUUUACAUUACAACGUGUUACGGGGUUUAGCCUUUUUUUACUAUUAUGCAUGCGUAUUAACUGUAAACAAAAUCCAUGCAGGGCUUGCGAAGAUUCUCCUAGACAAGUUUGUUGAUAAAAAUAUGUCUUUUCAACUUCUCCCAGAUAGUAAUUGACCAAAGUUUUUAAAAUAACCACAAUUAUUAUUUUGUAAGUAUGUAUUUUUUGUGUUUAUCAUAGGAGUUGCUACAACCUAAAUUCAUUUUUGCAAAUGAGGCCCCUUGAGGGGUUAUUUGACAUAUUUAUGUCUGAACCGAAAUUGGUAAACCAUUUAUAAAUUAUCGAGUAAGUGAGGAUGUGCUCUGUUUAGAGAGUCCCUUUACCCUGAUGACCAUGAAGACCAUAGUCGGACGAAGGUCUUGUAUUUUUCAGCUUGUGUCAAUUACUGUCAAUUAAAGUCCACAUGGUACAAAUAAACAAUGUAAGAUUAUUCUGGUUUGUAUGACCCUUUAAUUUCCGGAAGCUUAUAAUUACGUUAAUUAAGUAUGUGGAAGGGAUUUUAAUGUAUUUCAACUAUUACAAUGAGUUUAAUUUCUUAUUUCCUAUCAAUACAAUAGGUAAAUCUGAAGUCAUUCAUACGUUUUCAGCUGUACUGUCUCUUUAACAAUUUGAAUCAUGAGUUGCAGGUUAUGAAAUAAGAAUUUUCAUCGGGUUUUUUUUUAGUACCAGUCCACUAUUGCGCGAUUUUCGAUCAUUACAGCCAUUUCAUUGUGAUUGAUAGAGAUGGAAAAACUUAGAAAUUUCUCCACGAAAGUGAUGACAGUCUGGUGUGUUGUCUACAGUUCAAUUUAAAAAUUCAUGAGAAGGAUUUUAUGUACAAGAUAACUACUCUGAGUUUAAUAUAAACAUCUUUGGUACAAGUUAACCAUUUAGUUUUGGUCAGCCUUACUGACCAGUGCGGUCACAUUUUGUCAAUCCUAUUCCAUCCUGUUAGAUGCGAGCCUCAAACCACUAUGUAAGUAUUUUUCUUAGUAUAAAUUGCUUUAGUUUGUCAGUAUUGAAUCAUAUUUUUGAAGUAUUAUUACAGAUGGAGAUUUAUUAUACAGAUAAAACAUUCUGAAAAGUAUGGCAAGCCAUUUUGGUCUUAAGUAAUUUACACAUUUUUUCUAAGGUAUAAGGUAAUGGUUCUACAUUUUCCUAUUUUGUAAAUUGUUAUUUCUAUUUGUUGUAGUUUUUACCAAUCCUUAGCACGACAGCAACGUGUACCACACAAUAAAACAUGAAAGCGUUUGACUUUUGUUCAUGGUUAGCUAUCUGCCUGCACCAGGCAGAAUAGUCUGGUAUGUCACAAAGAGGAGUUUGUGAAACUGGCGGUGAUGAGUUGCAGGACGGAGUACUUACGGCCAUUCGAAAUAAAGAACAUGAAUAUUACUCCUGCAAAGACGUAUUCUGACUGCAUACUCAAUUUGCAGACACCAGGUACAAAAGGAAAGUAAAAACAAAAGUGUCUAGAUGAAUUCUUCCAACCAAAAACACCAAAACAUUUGAUAUUUUGGGGUCUAGAUGUCCCCAUCACUAAUGUCAUCCCUAAUUCAUGUAUCAUGCUAUGUACUGAUAUAGCAUCCCAUAUCUGAAAAAGUUCAAAGAUAUAUUACAGCAGAUUUUUAAAUUCUAUCAAAACUCAGCUGUGAGAAUGGCAGGACUGAAAGAAAUUGAGGUAUUUAAAAAAUUAGAUGAGAUUACUGGUAAAAUUGGAUGUGUUUUGGGAUCAAAUCUAUGCAUGGUAAUUGUGAUCAAGCUCCUUGUCAAUAAAUUUCUAAAUACUGCAUGCUACUUUUGUAUAGACAAUUUUAGGAGGACAGAAAAUAAAGAUGAAAGAAGUAGGAGAGACACUCGCUGGUUGUCUCAUGACAGGGCUGAUUCAGCAGUCAGACAGUGCUUGCCUGCCCUUAUUACAAGUUUAGAGAGGGAAGCAAGUAAGCGAUCAGAUGCCACAGCAGCUGGUUUAAGUAUGUUUGUAAAAAAUCCAAAUUUCAUUGCCUCCAUCUACAUGAUGUCAGAUGUUCUACCCCAUCUAUCAAGACUAUCAAAGUCAUUCCAGAAAACAGAUGUUGACUUCACUAUUGUGGACACCCUGGUUGCUGCAACCCAGUUGACCUUGACCAGACUCCUGGCAAGUUAUGGACAGCAUAUGAAGGCCCUACCCCAAGUACUGGAGGAACUUAAGGGAUAUGGUGUCAAGGGAGGUCCUGAAAACUUAACAACAUUUCAUGACCAGGUGUACAUCCCCUACAUUCAAAAUGUAAUUGAAAACCUGCAUGACAGAUUUCCAGACAACCCAGUCCUAGAGGCUCUAACUCUAUUGGAUCCAGAUCUCCUGGGUGAUGAUCCAUCAGAGCAUGACUGGAUUCAUCAAACAAAGCUGCAGACAUUGGUUGAUAAAUUUGUUUCCAUUGGCACAAAGGAGAAUAUCUGUUCUGAGUGGGAGGGGCUGAAGGAUCUUCUUUACAAGGAAUGUAAGGGGCUGGGAUUUAGACAAGCCCUUCAUAAAAUAGUGAAGUUGUAUCUGUAUCCCUGCAUGACAAAGUUUGUUGCUAUUGGACUUGUUCUACCUGUUUCAACAGCAGACUGUGAAAGAUGUUUUUCAUGCUUGAAAAGACUUAAAACCCCACUUAGAAACAGAAUGGGGCAGAAAGUAUUAAACUGUCUUGUGAACAUUUCAUGUGAAGGACAGCCAGUUGAACAAUUUGAUUUUGAAAAAAGUGCUAUUAGUUUUGCAAAAGGAAAAAUCAGAAAAUUUCUGCAUAAAUAUGAAUAAGAAA